AUGGCCAUGGCCACCACCGCGCUCCUCUCGUCCCCACUCCUCAAACCCCCAGCCCCUCCACUCCGAACGCAGCCACUCCACUCUCCUGCCCCCCUCCGCCUCCAGCCGCGCCGCCGCGUCACCACCUCCACCACCCCAUCCGCCGCCUCCACAUCCCUCUCCUCCGCCCGCGGCGACCCGCGGGAGGCCGAGGCGGCCGUCGCGGAGCUCCUGCGCGACCACGGGGCCUCGCCCGCCGACGCCGCCGCCAUCGCCGCGCGCGCGCCGGGGUACGCCGCCAUGCUGGCCGACGGGGUCAGGGAGCUCGACGAGCUCGGGCUCUGGGCGUCCUGGAGCGCCGGGGCCGGGGCCCGCGCGGGGGCGGAGAUGGGCGCGCUCGGGUUCGGCAGGAAGGUCUACUUCAUGGGGAGGAGCAGGCGCGACGGCGGGGUCGUCCCGCUCGUCGAGAGCCUCGGCGUGCGCCUCUCCUCCGCCAAGCUCAUCGCGCCCUACGUCGCCGCCGAGGGCCUCCCCGUGCUCAUCGAUAGGGUUAAGUUCUUGAAAGAGGUGUUAUUUUCAAGCAGUGGUUAUGAAACUCUAAUCAGACGGAAUGCCAAGCGCAUGAUGAUGCACUUAUCGAUACCUGCUGAUGAGGCACUCCAAAGUACGCUGUCAUUUUUCCAAAAAAUGGAGGCCAGGUCUGGUGGUCUGAGCAUGUUGGCACAAGGGGAUGUAUCAUUUCCCUACCUCAUUGAAUCAUUUCCGAUGCUCCUUCUCUGCUCAGAGGACAAUCAUAUCAAGCCAUUAAUUGAUUACCUUGAAUGCAUUGGAAUUCCAAAGCCAAGGAUCUCAUCAGUUCUGCUGUCAUUUCCUCCUAUCAUCCUUUCUGAUAUUGAAAAUGAUAUCAAGCCAAGGAUCUAUGCAUGGGAGAAGGCUGGCAUUGAACAAGAAUAUAUCGGUAAGAUGUUGCUGAAGUAUCCGUGGAUUCUUUCAACAAAUGUUAUAGAAAACUACGGGCAGAUGCUUUUGUUUUUCAAAAGAAAACAGAUUUCCAGUACAGUCCUUGGUGUUGCUGUGAAAAGUUGGCCUCAUAUCCUGGGCUGUUCAACAAAAAGAAUCAACUCAAUUCUGGUACUGUUUGAUGACCUGGGCAUCAGUAAGAAAAUGCUGGUCCCAAUUCUUACAUCAAGUCCACAGUUGCUGCUGAGAAAAACAAAUGAAAUCUUACAGAUUGUUACCUUUUUUGAGGAUAUGGGAUUGGAUAAGAAUGCAAUGGCAAAGAUAAUUUGUCGCUCUCCAGAAAUAAUUGCUUCAGAUGUGGAUAAUACACUCAAGAAGAAAAUUGACUUUCUUAUUGACUUUGGUGUUUCCGAGCGUAAUCUUCCUCGUAUCAUUAGGAAGUAUCCAGAGCUUUUGUUAUUGGACAUAAAUCACACAUUGCUUCCCAGGAUGAAUUACUUUCUGGGAAUGGGCUUGUCUAAAAAAGAUGUGUGCUCAAUGAUCUCAAGAUUCUCCCCACUUCUAGGUUACAGUGUUGACCUUGUUAUGAAACCAAAGCUUGAGUUUCUGUUACGAACCAUGAAGAAGCCUCUAAAGGCGAUUGUGGAAUACCCAAGGUACUUCAGCUAUUCUCUGGAGGGGAAGAUAAAACCACGGUUUUGGGUAAUCAAGGGCAGAAACAUAGACUGCAGUCUGACGGACAUGUUUGCAAAAAACGAUGAGGCUUUUGCUGAAGAGUACUUGGGAAUAGAAACAUUACCUGAGACACUACAAUCAAGCAAAGGUGGUUAAAAUACAAGCUCAUGAAACCGGAACAAUGAGCGUUCUCAGUGGCAAGGAACAACGUGGAUGGGCUCUCGGAGGUAUUUGUUCGGCACUUGGUCUGUGUCGUCAAUGGGUGAUAUUGUAGGAUCUGCAAGUUUGGCAAGAGCUGUUGAUACAUUGCAAGGGUUGGCCUUCAGUUCCUUAGUCUGGGCUCAAUGGGCAUACCAGACCGACAAGGUGCAGGUAAGAAGCUUGUGCAUAGUAAGGAUGUUGUCGAGGGAUUGAGAUCAUCGAGAGGUUUCGGUUCUAUGAGACAACAACAACAUCAAAGCCUGUUUCCCAAGCAAGUUGGGGUAGGUUUCGGUUCUAUGAGAUUCAGAUGAUAUAGACAAGAAACACAGGGGUCAUGCCUUCUGCCUACCGACAGAGCUUAGUCUGCUUCUUGAUCAGCCCUCCCUCCCUAGGCGCUAUGGUGGGGGUUAACCAGUACAGUCCAAGUGUUGUGGUCUUGGUUUUCGGGGUGCCUGGCAAAAGCGGGUUUGAGGCCCUGUCCUCAUUUUCUUUGCCAUCAAUGUCUGGAGGCUGGCAAGGGGAGUUUCAUGUCGUUGCGGUUGUAGGUCUGGCGAUCAGGAUGUUUUUUUUGUGUGUUCUUGGCCUUGCUGUUGGUGGGUGCACUGCUCAUAUUGUAUUGUAUAGAUAAAUAUAGAUAUAUUAAAGCCGGACAAAAUAGAGCU